AAAAUGAAACCUGGGGUACCACUAAUUCGAAAACUUUGGAGUAUCACUUUUUUCGAUACCUUGAAGUAUCAUUUUUAUUGAUACCUAAAUUAGGCAACACAAAAAUGGUUAUCGAGGAAGCUGAGCUUCGAGUCUCUGACUCAUACAUACCUUAUAUAUCAGAA